AUGUUUUACACUCAUCAAGAAAUUGAUGAAUUUCUUCCAUUUCUAUACUGUAUUAUCACUUUGUCCUUUGUAUGGUUUCUCCUCAAAUUUUUCUACAGGCCCACUGCUACAAAAAAUCUUCCACCAUCACCUCCAAAAGUGCCAGUCUUGGGCAAUCUCCACCAAUUGAGUGCGUUGACUCACAGAUCACUCCAAUCCUUGGCAAAAACAUAUGGUCCUAUGAUGCUGCUUCACUUUGGCAAUAAGCCAACAGUCAUUGUCUCAUCAGCCUAUGCAGCGAAAGAGAUAAUGAAAACUCGGGAUCUAAUCUUUGCCAAUAAACCUGACUCAAGUGUUACCAGGCGAUUAAUGUAUGACGGGAAGGAUGUUUCUCUCGCGCCCUAUGGUGAAUACUGGAGGCAGUUAAAAAGCAUUUGUGUUCUCCAGCUUUUAAGUCAUAAGAGGGUCCAGACUUUUCGUUCCAUCAGGGAAGAAGAAACAGACCUUUUGAUUAAAAAGGUAUCAGGGAAUAUAUCUGCAACAUCAUCGCCAGUGAAUCUGAGUGAAAUAUGCUCUUCCCUUGCAAAUGAUGUGAUCUGCAGAGCAGCUUUAGGAAGGAAAUUCAGUGAAGAGGAGAGUGGAAAGAAAUUUCUGAAUCUACUGAGGGAAUUUUCAGAGUUAUUGGCAAAUCUUAGUGUGGGAGAAUUCAUUCCAUGGCUUUCAUGGAUUGAGAGGGUUUCGGGGUUUAAGGCUAGAGUGGACAAGGUUGCUAAAGAAAUUGAUGAGUUCCUGGAGGAAGUAAUUCAGGGAUGCUUGGAUGCUGGACAAGAUCUAUCAGGAAAGGCAGUUCAGAAUGCAAAAACAGAGAACUUUCUUGAUAUUUUGACCACAAUUUACAACGAUAAAACUACCGGUGUCUCCAUUCAUAGGGACAGUAUUAAAGGAAUACUCGUGGAUGUUUUUGUUGGUGGAACUGACACCACAUCAACUGUUCUAGAAUGGACAAUGACAGAGCUCUUAAGACAUCCUAAAAUCAUGACGAAGCUGCAAAAUGAGGUGCAAUUCCAACAGUUCCUUGACUGGCGCUCUUAG